AUGGCUUCUCGUAAUUCCAAAGGGGAAGAUGUGGGUCAUGACGAGGCCCCCCCUACCGUUUUAUCGAAAUGCGUGUAUUGCAACAAGCAUGAGUCGGAGGAUGUAAACUGGGUCCAAUGUAAAACUUGCGAGCAGUGGGCCCAUUUUUCCUGCGCUGGCGUGAACGAGAGUAUUGCGGAGAAAGAUUGGGACUGUUCAAGAUGUGCCCAGUUUAUCGUUCAGCAGCUGAAUGUCCCCAAACCAGGUAAGACGCGGUCGACUAAAAAUAAGACCGGAUCGAAAAGCGACUCAGGGUCUGUUCGCGGCAAUGGAUCUGUUCCAGAACUAGCUGAUCAGCACUUUGAGGAAGAACAGCUCGCGCGCGAAAGAGCCUUUGCGAAGCAAAUUGAGAUUCGGGAGAGAAGAUUGCAACGAGAAUUGGAAUGGAACGCAAAGCAGCUGGAGAUGGAACGAAAUAUACGCAAGAAGGAGCUCGAAGUGCAGCGUCGGAUGCAGGAAGAAAAAUUAAAGCAAGAGCAAGAACUGCUAAACGCUCAGUUGGAAACUGAGCAAGAGUUUUUCAAGCAGCGUGAUGCCAUCCGUUGCAAGAUGAACAACAGUCUUCAGAAAGUUCAGUCGUGGAUGGACGAGGAAGCUGCUGUCGGUGGUACGUCGGAGCAGAACAAGAAAGUUGAUUCUUGGCUGAAGCAGCAAGAGAAGGACGUAACAAUUCCCGCAGCAGAUAUUCGCGGUGCGUACAAUAAGGGUGGGAAACCGAUUGUUACCCCGGUACUAAAAGGUGCGGGAAGUCGCUGUUCCGGAAAAAGUUUCACACCAGUCAACGAAAAGGUAGUGGAUGAGGUUUCCGAGGAAGACAACUCUGAUAGUUCUGAAGGUGAACCAGAUGAAAACAUAAGCGCGGGUAGACAUUCGCGAAUUGCGAACGGAAAUUUCGGAACGCGCGGAUCAGAGAUAUUUAGCGCCUUUAGAGAGCAAGCUGUUCCAAGUGAAAUUGGCAGAAGUCGCUAUGAAUCGGAAGGGCAAGUAUUUCGGCUAACCCGAGAGCAGAUUGCCACGAGGAAGGUGGUAUCCGGAAAUCUGCCGAAGUUCAACGGAGAUCCGGAAACAUGGCCACUGUUUAUUAGCAGUUUUGAAAACACAACCAGGGCUUGUGGUUACUCAAACAUUGAGAACCUGGAUCGUUUGCUGAAUAGCUUGGGAGGAGAAGCGCUCAACGCCGUGAGAAGCAUGCUGAUACUUCCUGAUUCCGUGCCGGAAGUUAUUCGGGAUCUUCGCAGAUUAUUUGGCCAGCCGGAGAAGUUGCUAAAAAUACUGCUUAAUAAGGUCAAGAACGCUCCACCGCCAACAACGGUAGAUCUAAAAACCUUCGUUAGGUUUGGUAUAACGGUCAAACAGCUCUGCGACCAUCUAGAAGCAGCUCGGCUUCGCGAUCAUCUUCGUAAUCCGCUUCUGGUGCAGCAGCUCGCCGAAAAACUGCCCCCAGAAUAUCAAAUGAAAUGGAUAGAAUACAAGCGCGGCAAGAAAGGAACACCACUGCGACUGUUCACGGAUUACAUAACAGAUAUUGGUGAUGUCGCUUCCGAAGCAGCAGCAUAUUCGUCGACAGUAAAUGACGUAGCGCGAUACUCCAAGGUUAAACCAGCCAGGAAGAAGGAGUUUGUACACGUUCAUGAUUCGGCAUCGAAACGAGAAGAGGGAAUGCAAUUGGAAAGGGUUAGCAAAGCUUGUUGGAUUUGCAAGCGAACAGAUCAUCGGAUCAGGUUCUGCGACGAUUUUCGGAAGAUGAAUAUCGUGGAGCGGUUGAAAGCAGUAGAUAAACAGAAGUUGUGUGGCAUUUGCCUCAAUAGGCACGGUGACAAUCCCUGUGGCUCUAAAGUUCGAUGUACGAUGAAGAAUUGCAAGGGGAAUCAUCAUACACUUCUACAUCGCGUUGAAGAAUCCGUACAGCUACAGAGGGUGGAAUGCAAUGCACACAGAGAUGCAGAUCGUUCAGUCAUAUUUCGCAUGGCGCCGGUGACGUUGCACUAUGGAAAGAAACGUUACGAAACACUAGCGUUUAUGGACGAGGGUUCGUCCACCACAUUAAUGGACGAGGCAAUCGCGGAGAUACUGAAAGUGGAAGGCGAGCUUGAGCCGCUGAUCGUAACCUGGACAGGUGACAUCAACCGUUUCGAGAAUGGUUCCCGGAAAGUCGACUUAUUGCUGUCGGUGAAAGGAUCAAAAGAAAAGGUUCCGUUAGAGAAUGUUCGCACUGUUUCCGAGCUCUUGCUUCCUAAACAAGAUAUGCGGUUUGCAGAUGUAGCGAAGCACUAUCCGCAUUUAGCGGGAUUGCCGGUAAAGGAUCUUCUCGGAGGACAAGCGACAAUUCUAAUCGGCUUGGAUAACCUACAUCUAUUUGCGCCGCUGGAGUCACGAGUCGGUAAACAGAAUGAGCCGAUCGCCGUGCGGUCAAAGGUUGGAUGGACGGUGUACGGACCAGAGAAGCGGAAGCCUAGCGCUAGCACCUUUCUAAAUUUACACACAGUUGCAUCGGUUAGUAAUCAGAAGCUUCAUGACUUGAUGCGGAACCAGUACGUUUUGGACGAUGUGGGUGUUACAUCAUUCGCCAUACCGGAGCCGAAGGAGGAGCAACGAGCAAAGGCAAUCCUGCAAGCGACGACUAAGCGUGUAGGCGAACAGUUCGAAACCGGGCUACUGUGGCGAGAUGACGUUCGGCGAUUCCCUGACAGCUACUCAAUGGCAUUGCGAAGAAUGAAAGCACUGGAACGAAAGCUGGAGAAGGAUCCAGUAUUGAAGCAGAUUGUGUGUCAGCAGAUAAGCGACUAUCUAGCGAAAGGAUACGCACACAAAAUAACCAACGCAGAAAUUACAAACACACCAAACUCUGCAGUCUGGUAUUUACCAGUUAACGUGGUGUUGAACCCGCGCAAGCCAGGAAAAGUGCGACUGGUGUGGGACGCAGCCGCUUCGGUCGGAGGAAUUUCUUUGAACUCGGAGUUAUUGAAAGGGCCGGAUAUGUUGAUACCCCUUCCACGGGUCAUUUGCCACUUUCGAGAGCGUCCAAUCGCGUUUGGAGGAGAUAUACAGGAAAUGUACCACCAGAUUCGAAUCAAAGACGAGGACAAGCAAGCGCAACGAUUCUUAUUUAGGCCUGACCAAGGGGAAAUGCCACAGGUCUACGUUAUGGACGUUGCUACCUUCGGUUCCACGUGCUCGCCCUGCUCCGCGCAGUUUGUAAAAAAUCUAAACGCGGAACAUUUUAUGGAAAAGUACCCGGAGGCAGCAGCAGCUAUUGUUAAGAAACACUAUGUAGAUGAUUACUACGACAGUGUAGACACAGUAGAAGAAGCAAUACAACGGGCUAAAGAAGUGAAGUAUAUACAUGCACAAGGCGGCUUCCACAUCAGAAACUGGGUGUCGAACUCGGUAAAGCUUCUAGAAGAGCUUGGUGAUCGUAGCUCGAACGGAGCAGUGCAUUUCAAUCGAGACAAAGGCACAGAGUACGAGCGUGUGCUGGGUAUUGUUUGGGAGCCAGCUGAAGAUAUCUUUUCGUUUGCUACUGUGUCAAAUGCAAAUUUCACGAAGGUACUGGAAGAAGGAGAAUGUCCAACGAAACGAAUAGUCCUCAGUUUCGUUAUGGCACAAUUUGAUCCAAUGGGAUUCAUCGGUCCCCUAACUGUACGCGGGAAGAUGCUGAUCCAAGAUCUCUGGAGAACCGGCUGCGACUGGGAUUCCAAAAUUGAUAAGGAGUCGCAUGAUAAAUGGCGACGUUGGAUAAAUAUGAUGCGAAACAUAGGGUCCUUUAAGCUGCCUCGAAGUUAUUUCGGAAAUGCCAAAUCGAACGAAAUAGACGAUCUGGAGUUACAUAUAUUCGCUGAUGCCAGCGAAAAGGCAUACGGCUGUGUGGCGUACUUCCGAGCGAUCGUACGAGACGAGGUAAGGUGCGCCCUAGUUAUGAGCCGUGCCAAGGUGGCUCCACUGAAGCAGACAUCAAUACCGCGUCUAGAGCUACUGGCAGCAGUUCUUGGAGCACGAUUGUCGAAAACAGUUAUCGAUAACCACAACUUUGGUAUUGGAAAAGUGGUGUUCUGGAUUGAUGCGAGCGUUGUGUUGUCCUGGAUUCGGUCUGACCAGUGCAGAUACAAACAGUUUGUUGGCUUUAGAAUUGGCGAAAUUCUUAGCCUGACAAAAUUGACCGACUGGCGGUGGAUACCAACUAGACUUAACGUAGCGGACCAACUUACUAAAUGGGGUAAAGAUCCGGAUAUGCACGCUGAUAGCGCGUGGGUCCAGGGGAUGGAAUUCCUGUACACGAACAAGCAGGAGUGGCCAAAGAAGGCACUACCUCCGGCUAAUACAACCGAAGAAUUACGCAUUCAUCUCUUGUUGCACGAUGUGAAGGUGCAAGCAGUUCUCAUCGAUCCUUCGCGCGUAUCUAAGUGGACGGUGCUUGUUCGUACCAUGGCGUCCGUAUUCCGUUUCAUCUCGAACUGUAGACAAAAGGUCAAGGGGCUACCGAUCGAAACACUGAAAGCGACGGACCGACAGGCGAAGGUUCGGUGUACGAAAAAUGUGGCUUGUGUCCGCGUGCCAUUACAGCAAGUCGAGUAUGAGAAGGCAGAGAAAUGUCUGUUUAAAAUGGCGCAGGCGGAGAGUUUCGUUGAUGAACUAAAGGUGCUGAAACGAAAUAAAGAUCGUCCAGUAAACCAAUGGUUAGCAGUUGAAAAAUCUAGUCCAUUGAGCAAGCUGACACCGUUGAUCGACGAAGCAGGCAUGAUUCGCAUGGAAGGCCGUUGCGAGCGAGCAGAUGAACUACCAUUUGAUCUGCGAUUUCCUAUAAUUCUUCCGGAUAACAACAGAAUUACCUACAUGAUCGUCCAAAACCUGCACGAAGAAUGUGGACAUGGAUACAGACUCAUGGUUAAAAACAAACUGAAGCAGCUGUUUUAUGUGGUUCACGUGGACGCAGUCGUGAAGAAAGUAUCGUCGGCUUGUAUAUGGUGUAAGGUUCAUCGCAAUCGGCCUCGUGUUCCCCGAGAAGCUCCGUUGCCGCUGCAACGACUUACCCCACAUCUUCGCCCUUUCAGCUUUGUGGGAGUUGACUACAUGGGACCCUUUGAAGUGGCUGUUGGACGCCGGAAUGAAAAACGUUGGAUCGCAUUGUUCACCUGUUUAGUAACUCGAGCGGUGCAUUUAGAGGUGGCGCACGGGCUAACAACACAGUCCUGUUUGAUGGCGAUAAGUCGCUUCAUCGGGCGACGAGAUUGGCCGAUUGAGUUCCUCUCGGAUAACGGGACCAAUUUCCAAGGGGCUAGCAAAGAGUUGUUGGCACAGCUCAAAGGAAUUGAGUUUGAUUGCGCUGAACAAUACACAAACGCGAGAACGAGGUGGACAUUCAACCCACCCGCGGCACCCCAUAUGGGUGGCGUAUGGGAGCGUCUGGUACGAUCGGUGAAAGAGAUAUUGAGAGCAAUUAACGACGGAAGACGGCUUACGGACGAGAUUCUUCAGACGUCCAUCGUAGAAGCAGAGGACAUAAUAAAUUCACGUCCGCUAACAUACGUGUCACAAGACUCAGAAGAAGUGGAUGCGUUGACCCCAAACCAUUUUUUGCGAGGUCCUCCAUCUAAGCAACGAAACGUAACGAGUCCACCACCGCAUCCGGCUGAAGCACUUCGUGAUACGUACAAACGAACGCAGCAGUUAGCUAGUGAGUUGUGGCAGCGCUGGAUCAGGGAAUAUGUUCCAUCAAUAAACCAACGAACCAGGUGGUUUGGCGAAACGAAACCGUUGAAAGCAGGCGAUUUGGUGUACAUCGUCGAAGGCAACAAUCGGAAAUGCUGGGUCCGCGGCAUAGUGGAGGAACCUAUAGUGUCGAGCGAUGGUCGUAUACGGCAAGCAUGGGUCCGUACCAGGACCAAGCGGUACAGACGAGCGGCAGCAAACUUGGCCGUGUUGGAAUUAGACGAUGGUAACUCUGAACCGAAUGAUACCUUCGGAUCAGGGUUACGGGUCGGGGAAUAUGUUGGGAACACUGCCAUGCCGCUGCAAUAA